CCGGGCCUUACGAGACGCACAUGAAUGCAACAUGAAGUCGAGGCAGCAAAGACGGUGUCUUUGAAGUUGAGUUAGCCGGCUAGAGUUGAAUCUGCCUUCUGAGACCCAUGAGCAACGGUGAGGAGACAGACUUAUUAUGGGAGUCUUGGGGCUGGACACCUGGGAAAGAAAAAAGAAAAAAUGCCUCCAAAAAGGACAGAAAAUGCCUAAAACCCCAAAACAACAUAACCAUAAAAACAGAUGAGAACAUCCAGAAAAAAAAGAAAAAGAAACACUCAAAAUUCAAAGAAGCAAUUGAUGGAAGGAAAGAAAAGAAAAAAGAAAAGAAGAAAAAGAGAUUGGCUUUGGAACUAGAUGACAAUUCAAUAUUUACACAGGGCAGUAGUACACAAGCAAAAUCUACUGUGAAGCCUAAAACAUUGAAUCCACACAGUUAUAACAAGCUAAAACCUGACCAAGACUGCAAGAAGAAAACUAAAAGAAAAAAAAAAGUGGCAUUUGAUUUAUCACCAGGCUAUAUCUGUAUCAAACGUCCUAAAUUUGUCUCUUCAUCUCAGCAAUCUCCCAAAGAGAGCAUCCUCUUAGAGAAUGAAGCUGUGAGAGACAGUGAGAGCUGUUCACAGGUCACAGUGACAGGACACUGCCAGGGUCAAAGACAUGCUGAUGAAUCUCAAUGCACUAAUGAGGAUAUCAACAGCCAGGACCUGUUUAUCACCCAGAAGACAUUCAGCGCUCCGCCCCCCGAACCAUCCAGUGGUGAAGCCAGUGACAAGGCCGUUACUACAAGUCCUCAAACGUUAACACCACGAGACAAGCUGCACACAUCUAUGGCGUGGAUAAAACAGCAUCUUAAAGGUCCACAAGACUCACAUUCCUAUCAGCAUCACAGAAAGACAAAAGAGCAUGUGCAUAAACCAAAGACAGUACAGGUACUUCUCACAGAAGAAGAGGAAGAAGAGUGGUUAAGCAAAGCACAUCAGCAUCCUAAGAAGAAGUCAUCCUUCCAGACACAGAGGGAGUUAAAUGCAAACCUUACUGGGGAGAAAAAACGACCACGCCCUGCACAUGUAAUGCCCAGUGUGGUGAAUGCAUACCUGGAUGAGCCAAUUGAUGUAAACUCCCCCCUGGAUUCUGCGAAGUCAAAGAAACAUUCCCGUUCUUCAUGUCUGUCAGAUGAGCCAUCAGCGCUUCCACCUAUGUCCAUGGAAAGCACUUCCACACAGACAGAAAACUUCUUCACCACUGAGCUCUCUUCCUACCUCAACUUCUGCCAAAAAAGUAGAGUGACUAUACACCUUGAGGACUUGAAACCUUUGGACCUAAGCCUGCCGCAUAGGGCCAGAAAAGACCUUGGGAUGUGUUUGUCAGGGAAGUCAUUGUCUUUACCAGGAGAGAUACAAGACAUCAAGCACAAAGAGCCCAACCUGCAUGCAUCUUGCUCUUCAGACAUGAAAGAUGUAGAGAUAAAGAAAGACCCUUCUGGUCGACAUACUUGGUCUUCAAGCACACAAGGUAAAAGUGCAACAAUUCUGUCUGCAGACACGACAAUCUCCAGCGAGGACGAGCCCCCCUGUCGCACUGUCAAGCUAGACCUGACCCAGGUGAGGGCAGUCCAGAUGAGACUUAAUGAGUCCUUCUUUUUCAAGACAAAAGGAGAAGGACAGUCACCCAGACCAGAGUCUCCACUGAUGAAACUUGCUCAAGGCAGAGAGGUGAAAAGCAGGAAGGGCCACUGAGGUCAUAUAAAAGGAUGGAAAUAGAAGUUUCCUGACACUUACCUGCAGUCAGGGGCUGCCACAUUCUUACUUUGUCUGCUAGACGCCCUUUAAUGUCUGGAACAGUAUUGAAGUGGCUUAGUGUUUAAAAGCAGCCAUGUAUCAGAUUAACUAAAAUUCAUCUCUUGACGAUAAAUCUCAAUCUCAACCUUGCUCUUGAGAGGUAAUAAUCACAGUAGAAAAGGGUGAUGUUAACAAUGUAAGGGCAGCCAAUCCCUUUAUGAUAUACAGUAGAAAGUUCAACUUGUCAUGAUGGCAUCUUUAACAAUAAGAGAAAGGAAAUUUUGUCCCAAAAUGAACUUCUGGAGAAAUAUAAAAAAAUAUUCAUCAUAUUAAUGAUGACUUGAUGCAUUUGUUCAUUGUUUAAAUUUUCAACUUAAACUUAUGUUGUUGAUAGUGUUUUAAGUGCACAGAUGUUGUGUAUUACUUCCUUAAAUAUCAGUUUGACUGUUUUUUUGAAUGUUUUCAGGAAAAAUGACAUCAAAUUGUAGUUCAUAGUUGUUUGUUGCCUGUUCCGUAUGAAAGCGAGUCUUAUCAAUAAAUGUGUAUUUAUUG